UUUAUCUAUGUUACGCUCACACGCUCAUACUCUCAGCUCAUACCCCUCAUUCAAAACCUUCAAAACUUUGAAAGAAACCCUUUGGCAUGAAGAAGAAUGCUUUCGGUUUAAUAUUGUGUGCGUUUUAGAGGUUUUAGAAGAAUAAUUUACCUUGACAUCACCACCUGCAGUAUUGGCGUUGGUCAAAGAACUAAUUUUGGUCUUUGGAGUGCACAGUCUUUGAGCAAAACCCACCUGUACUUUUUUCAUCGGAACUGAUUACUGACGAGUUUCCAACAUCUAGGGUUGGUGGGGAUUCACCUAAUCUAAUGGGAAUCUUGCUUAGACUGCUAGUCUCCAGAAAGAAGCGGAAACAAUUUGAUAUAGUUAAUAACGAUGAACAAAAGAAUAUCCAUUUUACACGUUCAUUUUCUGAUUCGAAAAAAGAAUUAUGGUAAUCACACACCACCAAAACCGACAGACGAGAAAACCCUAGAAUUGACCUCGCCCACUGCUGCUGCUGCUGCUGCUCAUCAUGACCUCGGUCAAUUACACGCAAAUAACAUCCCAACAUGGAAAAGAACGGGUAUGGAUAGCAAUAGCAACAGUUCUGCCGGCCGCGGAAUGAAAACGGAUGUCGGAAUGAGCGGACUGGCCUUGGAUCAGAGCAGCUCUUCCGGUCGCUCAACUCCAACCGACCUGCCACACAACAAGCUCUUCGUGGGUGGUCUCAGCUGGCAAACGUCGACCGACAAGCUGGGCGAGUACUUUGGCCAGUACGGUACCAUUAUCGACGUUCAGGUGCUCAAGGAUCCUCUCACUCAGAGAAGUCGAGGCUUUGGCUUCAUCACCUUUGCCGAAGCAAGCAGCGUGGAUCGUGUGCUGGCCGUCCCUGCGCACACUCUCAAUGGCAGGAAGAUCGACCCAAAACACGCGACGCCCAAGAACAAUGGCAAAGUGACGUCUUCAUCCAAGACGAGGAAGGUCUUCGUCGGUGGUGUCAGUCAGGACACGUCAGCCGACGAAGUCGAGGACUAUUUCAAUCAAUUUGGACACGUCGAGGAGGCCGUUAUGCUGAUGGACCAGCAGACGAAACGUCACCGCGGAUUCGGAUUCGUCACAUUCGAGAGCGAGGACGUCGUUGAUCGCAUCUGCGAGAUUCACUACCACAUGAUCAAGGACAAGAAGGUGGAAUGCAAGAAAGCCCAGCCCAAGGAGGCCAUUCUGGCUUCGAACACAUCGGCCCUCCUGGCUGCUAAACAUAGCGUUCUUCUCAAUGGUUUCGGCGUCGCUGGAUUGGCUUUGGAAGUGGCUCACGUUCAACAAUCGUCUGUCAUACAGGUAGCCGCUCUGCAUUUUUUGGCCACUCAAGCGGCUCAAGUCCAAGCUGCCGUUGUAGCCCAUCAACAGCAGGCCGCUUUGGCUCAGUCGGCCGUUGCUUCCGCUGGCUACGGAAAACUUGUGUCCAGUUAUCCACCAUUAUCCAGCUACCGCUACAGUCCUUAUUCUCUACCCGGCGCUGCCCAGGGAAACGUCCAGGCUGCAGCUGCAGCCGCCGCCAUGGCUGCCGCUUCUUCCGGUCACCACCAUCAUUACCACGCCAUGUCAACCGCUUCUACAGCCACACAACAGGCGGCCGCCUACCAAGGAUACAACUUGGCCAACGUGGACAUGUCCAGUUUUCAGGGAGUCGACUGGAACCAAAUCUACGGAAUGGGAAUGUAGGGAUAGCUCUUCACUUGACGGAGCAAGAAGUAAGAAAAUAAAAUUGUGUGAAAAUUGACGACUUUUUCUCUCCCUUUCUUGUUCUUUUCCUCUUUCUACCUUCAUCAUUUGUUUUUGUUUGUUUGUUUUUUUGUUCAUUUUUCUCAUUUCUUGUCGAAACCAACGAUGAUACCCUCAUCUUCUCCCGUUAAGAAACUAAUUGUCCUUUCAUUUGUGUUGUGAUAUUAUUUUUAAAUAUCAUUUGUCAUAUUGGUGCCGAAUCGUAAAUUGAACGAGAAAAAAAGAUGAGUAAAAAGAAAGAAAUAAUAAUUAAUCAAAAUUCAGAAUGAGCAAUAUGCGUUUUAACUUUUGUCGUCUUUGCAGCGAGCCAUGUUUUUGUCCGUGUUUUGUUUGUUUGUAUGUUUAUCUUUUUUGGCAUAUUUUUUUUUUUUUUCCUAACGAUUUGAAAUUAUCAAAUUUAGUAACUUUCACUGCACUGAUCUUAAGUAAAUCAUGAACAAUGUGAAACCCCAAAGUCUCGGACUCCGGAUAGUAAUGAAAGUUACGUUUUUUCACCAUUAUUAUAGUGAUGUAAACAAAAAAUUCAAAAACGUAUUCCGAUUUUUUUUUUUUUUUUUGCGUUAGUUAGUUUAGUCCCGAGUAAACAAGUGUCAUAUUUCUUUGUCAAAUGUUCAAAUAAUAUAUUUUGUCGAUUGCAACACUAGAUGGCGAAAUGUAUUGUAUUGUUGUCUUGGCCAUGUUAGGACGAACAAAUGUCAAAAAUUA